GCUGUCAAGUGCUCGUGAGUACUUUAGAAGAAGAGAUCAUAGUGCAAAGGGUGUGCGAACAAUCUUUACUCCUCUUCAUUUCCAACACCUGCAUUAACCCACAGCAUCUGCGUGAUUCAAUUGCUGUGCUGUUUAUUCAAGUAUGGCUCAAUUUGAAGAAGUGAAAGUUCAUGGUUACGAUGAAUUUAGCAAAGCAGUGUCUGAGAGGAAGGGAAAGGAUAUUUUUGCAUAUUUUUCUGGAAAUAAAGACGCGCAGGGAAUGAGCUGGUGCCCAGACUGUGUAAAAGCGGAGCCGGUGGUUCGAGGAGAGUUGUCCCACCUUCCUGACGGUUCAGUGUUUAUCUACUGUCAGGUUGGAGAGAGACCCUAUUGGAAAGAUCCAAGUAAUGAGUUUAAGAAGACGCUUAAGCUAAGUGGGGUUCCCACUCUGCUUCGCUAUGGAACGCCUCAGAAGCUGGUGGAGGAGGAGUGUCUCAAGGCAGACCUGGUGAGAAUGAUGUUCACUGAGGAUUAGAAGAGCAACAUCUUCUCAGUCAUCAUCCAUGUGCUCCCUUUGCUGGGAUGGAAGAUGAUCCUACCUUUCUCACUAAAUUACAUUUCACUACAAAAUAAAGAUGUAUUCUUUAGGUUCCCAUUUAAAAUAUGUUUAAGAGUCAGAGUGGCAAUACUACCAAUCAGUGAAUGUCUAUAAAUCUAUUCAAAUUAUCUAACCAAUUGCAACCUGAGGCCUUAGUAGAUUUGUGGAUUGAUUUUAUACAUCAAUGGGGAUUAGGAAAUGUAUGACAUAAUUAAGGUAUUUUCGAAGCAUAUGAAAUACCCCUCUGCCUUGGAUUGUUUAGUGCUGUGCAGAGGAAGUUAACUGUAUUUCGUGAUUAGGUUUAUGGACUUGAAAGGUAGACUAAUGAGUAGGCUACACAUCAACUUAAAAUAGGCUAUGUGCUUUCUGUCGUGCUGUGAUUGUGUUGACUUGAUCAUACAAUCAUGUUGGUUACGUGAGACGAAUAAAAUGUCAAAUGGA